GCGCGAGCUGCGCUGCCUGGCGCAGAGAGUGGACAGCGCGCGCACGGAGAAAGGAUAUCCCACACGAUCUCGUGAUGUGCAAAGAGACAGAUGAAAGACAUCGACCACCUUAGACUCGUGGAGAGAUCUGCGAAAGCAAGAGCGCAGCUUUAUAAAGUAAAACACUUAUCCCCGGAGGCUCAGCUGUCACAGAAUGGAGAACAUCACGAGCCCUUUCAUCCCAAACCCAACAUGCAACUACAGCAUGGACUUAUAUUAUUACAACUCUCCAAACCGGAGCGAUCUGAACUGCACGCCGCCGGCUGACUACUUCUUUUACGCAGAUCUGUACGUGGUUCUCCCGGUCAUUUACUCCGUGAUAUGCGCCGUAGGUCUGACGGGAAACACGGCGGUCAUAUAUGUGAUCCUCAAAGCACCCAAAAUGAAGACGGUGACCAAUAUGUUCAUCCUGAACUUGGCGAUCGCCGACGACCUCUUCACUUUAGUGCUGCCCAUCAACAUAGCGGAGCAUCUGUUACACUACUGGCCGUUCGGCGAGGUGCUGUGCAAAAUCAUUUUAAGCAUCGACCACUACAACAUCUUCUCGAGCAUCUACUUUCUGACGGUUAUGAGUGUGGACCGGUACCUGGUGGUGCUGUCGACCGUGCGCUCCAAGCGCAUGCCGUACCGCACAUACCGGGCAGCCAAGAUAGUGAGUCUGUGCGUGUGGCUGCUGGUGAUCCUCAUCGUCGUGCCGUUCACCGUGUUCGCGGGAGUCUACAUCAGCCCCGACGACACCGAGAGGAAAAGCUGCGUGCUGAGUUUCCCCAGUCCUGAAAGUUUGUGGUUCAAAGCGAGCCGGAUUUACACCCUCAUACUAGGCUUUGCCAUUCCAGUGUCUACGAUUUGCAUUCUUUACACCAUGAUGCUGUACAAAUUAAGAAACAUGCGCUUGAACACCAACGCCAAAGCGCUGGACAAAGCCAAGAAGAAGGUGACUAUCAUGGUGUUUAUCGUACUGGCCGUGUGCCUGUUCUGCUGGACGCCCUUUCACCUCAGCACCAUCGUGGCGCUGACCACAGACCUGCGGACCACACCGCUUCUCAUCGGCAUCUCGUACUUCAUUACCAGCCUGAGCUACGCCAACUCCUGUCUGAACCCGUUCCUCUACGCCUUCCUGGACGACAGCUUCAGAAAAGCCUUCAAGAAGAUGUUAGAAUGUAGACCAGCUUGAAUGUAAAGCGCUUUGAAGGCACGAAUUCAGAGUCACAGUGCGCCAUUCAGAACUGAAUUCCAGUGGGAUUCCAGGCUUGAAUUGAAUUUGAAUUGAGGUAGCAAACAGAAUGCAAUUAAGGCGUUUAGCAAUUGGGAUUUGAAUUUAAUUUGAAAUUAAAUCAUUUUAUUAAAAGGUAUAUGACUGCAGUAAGCCUAGUUUUGAAUUGGAACAGCAAAUUAAUGACAAAUUUUAUUGCUUGACAAAGCAUUGUCUGGCAGUUUAAAAAGAAACAUAUUUUAAUAGAAGUAAGUUUUAUAAAAAUAUAAAAGAUAAUUAAAAGUAUUCAACUAUAAAUUUAAACUAUUGUCAUUCCAAUUCAAUAUCCCGUAGUUUGUCAUUGCAUUUAAAUUCACACUCAUAAACUCUCAAAGCAUCCCAAUUUUAGAAUUACAAAUUUUCCCCAACCAUGAUUGAAAUACAGUCAUGAUCAUAACUGAUUAUUGGCAGUGUCUCAAAAUGUAGUGAGCAGCUCAUGUACACAUUUUAUUAAUAAAAUCAAUGUCAUUCCAAUUCCAGUUCCAAUUCAAUAUCCUUUAGUUUGUUGCCUAUUAAAUUAAAACUCAGUUUUAUAUUUUAUGCCUAACCCUGAUUAAAAUACAGUUAUGAUUACUGUGUCCACUACUUCAGGCUACCACAUCCCUGUGUGUAUUUCCAAUAAUAAAGGGAAAUGUUUCCCUGACACUAAAUUCUAAUGUAAGAGUUUGUCUCCCUCUUGUGCUCUCUGUGAUGAAAUAAUGAAGCUGAAAUAUUUUGAAAUGUGCUUCAACAGUGACAGAAGUGCCCUGAAAACUUUGAUUAGGAAUUACAAAAUGUGAUAUCAUUGCUGACGUAGGAUGACAUCGUGUCUUUCUCAAACAGCAGGGAUAUAUGUGUAUAUAUUUGUAUAGACCUGCUUUUGUCACAUGAAACGUCAUCAUUUCCUGUCCACACUCUUAAAAGAACCUUAUCGUCUAAAUGGUUCCAUAAAGAACCUUUAACAACUGAAGAACCUUUCUGUUUCACAAAAGGUUCUUUGUGGUGAAAGAAGGUUCUUCAGAUAAUAAAAAGCUAAGGAAGAGAUGGUUCUUUAAAGAACCUUUGACUGAACGGUUCUUUGUGGAACCAAAAAUGGUUCUUCUAUGGCAUCGCUUGAAGAACCUUUUGAAGCACAUUUAUUUUUAAGAGUGCAGCAGUAUUUCAUCUUAAUAGCAAAUUUGAGACAGUUGUUUAAAUGUGCAUUCUCUUUUCUUUAAAUGAAUAACUAUAAAUGUAAAACAUUUUUGUUUGUGUAUAUCCAGAGAUGUAAGUCAUGCAGAUGAACACAGUGAAGC